AUACAAAUUUUCCAAAUGCCCUUUUUUGUUUUUGAGAUAUUCAACGUUAUUCGAAAAAUUUUCCAAAUAAAAAUCAAACGCUUAAUGCAUAGUGCGCUCACUGAUAGUACCACUUGACAGUUCUUUGGUUGCGAAGUCUUGGUAGUUCUGUCCGGACAGUCGUACUGAAAAGACCAGUCGCAAGUCCAAAAAAUUAAGCGGAGUGCAGAAAGUUGUUAUAAGAUGAAUAUUUCGUCAACGGAAUUUUAUGCUAAAGUGGAAGAUGAAAAAAGGGAGCAGUAUAUUGUUCCCGUGAAAAAUAUUAAAAAAUUUAAAGUUGAAGAGUGGAACAAAAAUCAAUCAGAAUUAAAGUUGAAGUAUUUUAAAGUAAAAAUACCAAUUGUAAAUAGUGAAGGUGAAGAAAUUAUUGAAAAGAGAAAAGCAGUGGUUUUAAAAAUUUCAGACAACCAAACUUCCCUGGAAAUUAAAAGAUGUGCAGCCCCCCCAGCUCAUCUUAUGAAUGAUAUUUCUGAUUUGACGAAUAGUGAUAGUUUUGAGGACAUUGACAACAAUGAGGUUUCAAAGAGAAAUAAAAAAAAGAAAUCAUCAACGGAGAAAGACAUGAAUAGAAAAUUUAUGGAGGAAAUAAUGGAUCAAGAAGAUGAGGAGAGUAGUCAAGAGCAAUCUAAUACACAGGAAACAUUGGAAACGUGCAAUUCAAAUCAUCUACUAGUUAAAAAAAUUUCAAUACUGAAAAAAGAAUUAGAAGAAGAAAAAAGAAUAGGAAAGCAUGCCAUCACAUUUUACGAAAGAGCCAAAGCAGAAAUAAAAAAACUGCAGGAAGACAAUUUUCUUCAGCAAAAGGAAAUUAAGACAUUAAAAGAGACAAAAAUAGAAAUGAAAAAGCUUCAAGAAGAAAAUUGCCUCAACAAAAAAAAAAUAUGUGAAUUGGAAGAGGCAUUAAUUAAUCAAGAAAAUUUUGAUAGUGAAAAUACUUCAUCGCAUAUAAUUUUCUUAAACGACCGUGUUGGUGUCAAUAAAGACAAAUAUAAUCUUUUAAAAAUUUCGACAAGAAAGCCAUCAGUAUUUAUCGGCAAUUUAGCGGAAUUAGUUUUUGGUGCCGAAGUACUAAAAACACAUUCCGUUCACGGCAAGGCCAAUAACAAAUCUAAAGUAACUAAAAAACCGCGACUAGAGGAAAGCAAAUUACAUGCAGUUUAUGUUGGAUUUUCUGAAUGGGCUGAAGAACAAAGAUGGACUUCCGAAGUAUUUGAUAAGGAGUCAAAAUUCUUCUUUAGAUAUAUAAAUUAUAAGAGAACAUCACUUUUAAAUAAAAACAGACAUUUAAAAAAAAAUGUGCCAAAACAAUUAUCAACAAAUCAAGCUGUAAAUGAAGAAAGAAAUAUCGAGUUAGACAGCGAAAUAGAAGAGCAGAACGAAAUAGAAAGAAGGCAGGAAGAAGAACAGAACAACGACGGAGAAGGACAAGAAUAUAUAGAAGAACAUAAUGAAAACUUUAAAUUGCAAAACAGAUUUGACGAAAUAUUUCACAAUGAACUUGAUGAAGAACUAAUUAGAGGAAUGCAAGAAUCAGAAAUGCAUGAAUCCUUUGAUGAUGAAUUCGAAAAAAUGGAACCAGUUUAUCAACAAGAUGGACUGCAAAUUGUUGAGCCAGACGAACAGGAAAUUAUACAAAGAAAAAGGACAGCAAAAUUCGAAGAAAAAGAAAAUUUAUGUAAAAGGCCGCGAAAAAAAUUAUUAGCAGUGGAAUCAAAAUGGCAACAAUUACUAGGCAAUAAAAAGUUGGUUGCCAAUAUUGGUCCCCGUUUAUAAUUGUACUGUUUAGUAUGUACGUGCGUGAUUUUAAAAAAUUAGAAAACUUUGUUUUUCUAAAUACUAUAAAAUAAAGAUCUCAAGAUAAGACUUUUCAUAUAUAUAUAUAUAUAUAUAUAUAUAUAUAAAAUUUUAUCUAGAUAUCUUUAUUUUAAGCAAAGAAAUUAGCUCACGUACCGCACGUACGUACAUCCUUAAUACAAUGUAAAUGGUAUAUAAAUAUAUAUGGUAUAUGGUAUAUAUGGUAUAUAUAAAUAUAUAUAAUAUAUAUAAAUAAUAUUUAUAUAUCGUGUGCGUUUAAUCGACUCAAACCAGGAGAGAGAUUGCGAGUAUCAAAGUUGCUAUGAUAGCAAUUAUUGCUAUUUAGAAAAUAAAAGUUAGGAAAUUUAUAUGAAAUUUGUUUAAAGCUAAGCCCACAAUCUUGUUUCAAUGUCAGUUUGUUGCAAUAAUUGUUAUCAUAGUAACAAUGUUACUCGUACUCCCUCUCCAGGAGUCGGUAAAGUCAUUUUCUAUUUCUUUGUUAUAAAAACGAACUGUCGAUGUAGUAUAUUUUAGUUAAUAAGUAUUACGUAAGUUAUUUUAAUGAAGAAAUAUUUCAGACUAAUGGUGGAUAUAGCAUGUAGUUUAGAAAAUGGUAUAUAAAUUAUACUAUUUUAUCUAACAUUUGGAAAUUAUAUGACAUCUCGAUAAUAAGGCUGAUUAAAAAAUUAAAUUUGAUAUUAGAAAUUCUCUGAUAUUUUUUAUGUUACAUAUGUAAUAGAAAUAACUAAUUUCUAUUUUUUUUAAUUCCUUUUGAGAAAAAUGAAAAAAAGAAUAUAAGUCUGUGAGAGUAACCAAUUAUGUACUUAAACUUAGAAAUAAAAUAACAAAAUUAUUUUUUUGAAAUCAAACAGAAAUAAAAUUAAAUUGAAUAGAUAAAAAUUUAUUUAAAUAACUAAAAAUCUAUUAUAUUAUAGAAAUAAACUUUAAUUAU